UCCUCAACCUCAAUUUUUGUAACUUAUAUUCUAGCUCCUACUAUACAAUUUAUUACUACUAAUGGAUGGCUAACAUAAGUGAACUAUGUUCAAUGGCCACCAGACAAUUAGCUUAUGAUCAAUCAUCCAACACUUACGGAAAGUCAUAUGAUGUGUUUUUGAGUUUCAAAAGUGAAGACACUGGUAAAAAUUUCACAAAUCACCUCUCUACAGCUUUAAAUCAAGCCGGAUUUGGCACGUUCGAAGGUGGUGAUGAUAAUAAAUCAAGAGGAGAAGAAGACAUUAAUUCAGAGUUGUCUAAAGCAAUACAAGAUUCAAAGAUGUGUAUAAUUGUAUUCUCACAAAAUUAUGCAUCUUCUAGUUGGUGCUUAGAUCAACUUGUUUCCAUUCUUGAAUACAAAAUGAAGUUUGCAUGUAUGAUAUUCCCUAUUUUCUACCAUGUUGAUCCUUCCAAUCUAAGGAAGCACAAGGGAAGUUUUGGAGAAGCAUUAAAUAGACAUGAAGAAAAAUUCAAGUGUGAAAGAGUAUAUGAAAAUAAUGAAAAAGAGUAUUGGGAGGACAAGUUAAAGAAAUGGAAAGAUGCACUAAGCCAAGCUGCUGAUUUGGCAGGAAUGGUCCUUGAAAAUCAGCAUGAAUCCACUUUCAUCAAGAAGAUUAUUAACGUUAUCAGCACAAGACUAAGUCGUCCAGCGUUAUAUAUUGCUUCUUGUUCAAUUGGAAUACAUCGUAGAGCCAGGUCCAUUAAUUCUUGGGUUCAAGCUGAUGGAUCGAACAAUUCCAAUAUUGAAAUACUUCUAGUUUGCGGUAUUGGUGGAAUUGGAAAAACAACACUUGCCAAAUUUGUUUACAAUUUAAACUUUGGAUAUUUUGAAAUUAGUUGUUUCUUAGCAAACAUAAGAGAAACUUCAAAACUCCCUAAUGGUCUCAUCACUUUACAAAAGCAACUUCUUUCUAUCCUUGUAAAGAAUGAAAAGGUAAAAAUAUCAAGUGUUGAUGAAGGAAUCAUCAAGAUAAGAAAUGCUUUAUGUUAUCGAAAAGUUCUUCUUGUUCUUGAUGAUGUUGAUGAGCCUGAUUUGGUUGAAGCUAUAUUUGACAUGAAAGAUUGGUUUGGUUUUGGAAGUAAAAUAAUUGUAACAACUAGGCACAAAAGUUUAUUAAGACCUCAAUUAGUCCAUGAGGUACAUGAAGUUGGAAUUUUGUACACAAUUGAAGCAAAUGAGCUCUUCAAUUUUCAUGCAUUUGGUCAUGAAAACAAUCAAAUAAGCAAAGAUUAUUACAAAGAGUACUUAGAGGAAGUGAUUGAAUGGUGUAGAGGACUUCCAUUAGCUCUUCAAGUUAUCGGUUCUUCGUUGGCUGGAAAAUCAAAAAAUGUAUGGAGAAGUGCUAUAGAAAAGUUGAGAGAAAUUCCCACAAAUAAAAUUGUUGACAAAUUAAGAUUGAGUUAUGAGUUAUUGGAAGAUGAUCAUGAUCAGAAUUUGUUCCUUCAUCUUUGUUGUUUCUUUGUGGGGAUGAAAAAAGAUUUUGUAGUUAGAAUACUUGAUAAAUGUGAUUUUUACACAUUAGUGGGGAUACAAAAUCUAAUUGAUAGAAGUUUAGUGACAAUUGAAUAUGUGAAUGAGAUAACAAUGCAUCAAUUAGUAAGAGAUAUGGGAAGAGAUAUUGUUCGUAGAGAAGCAACUGUGGAUCCUGGAAAACGUAGUAGGCUUUGGCAUCAUACAGAUUCUUACAAUGUUCUAAGAGGAAAAACAGUAAGUGGAACAGAGGCAGUGCAAGCGAUGGUACUUGACAUGCGUAUGAUUCCCUUAAUACCAUUUAGACAAAGUCCAAUUGGCUUUUUCACAGCUUGGAGUUCAAAAUUGGGCAAUUUUUGUUUACAAGAUCAUGUGAGAACUGAUGCCUUUGAGAAAAUGCACAAGCUUAAAUUUCUCCAAUUCAACAAAGUUCAAGUGAAUGGAAGUUACAAGAAUUUUCCAAAGGGAUUGAGAUGGCUAUGUUGGAGUGGAUUCCCAGAGGAGUGUAUACCAAAUGAGUUUCCAAUGGGAAAUGUUGUGUCUAUCGAUAUGCGAUACAGCUGCUUGAAACAACUUUGGAACGGAUAUAAGUUUCUCCAAUACCUUGAGAUACUGGAUUUGGGCCACUCCUAUGAGCUCAUCACAACACCGGAUUUCUCAGGCCUUCCCAAUCUUGAAAAGUUGAUACUCGAACAUUGUACCAAGUUAAUCAAUGUUCAUAACACCAUUGGAUGUCUACAAAAACUCAUGAUUUUGAACCUUAAAGAUUGCCACAAGUUAAAGAUCCUUCCAGAUAGCAUUUGUGAGUUAAAAUCUCUUGAGACACUUAACAUCUCAGGCUGCUCAAACAUUGUAUAUUUACCAACAGAGCUUGAUAAAUUAAUAUCACUAAAGGAACUUUAUGCUGAUGGGAUCUCAAUGACCAAUUUGGAGGCCCAAACAUGGUAUUCAUCUUUAUGGGCUUGGGCCUGGAAAGGAAGAAGCCCAUUAUUAUCUCCUAAAAUUCAUUUUCCUAAGUCCUUACAUGUGUUAAACAUUGCAAAAUGCAAUUUAUCUUCAGAUGCUUUUAACAAGGUUGAUUUAGGCAUUAUGACCUUACUACACUGGCUAGAUUUGGGAGGAAAUCCGAUUAACGAUUUACCAGAUAGUAUCAAGAAUCUUACGAGGCUAAAAACUCUUAACAUCGCGUAUUGUACAAAGAUCAAGUACCUCGAAGGGGUACCAUCGAAUGUUACAGAUGUAAAUGCUGAUGGAUGUAUAUCAUUGGAGAAAGUAGGUUCUUGUGCAAAAGGGCAUCCAGUAGAAGGUUAUAUAAAUUGUAUAAAUCUUGUUGAAAUUGAAGGUGUGUUCAAGUUAGAGCCAUUGGAAAAUGUUGAUCCUCAAGUGCUUGCCAACAACAUGGGAAUUUCAAAUUUGGAAACUACAAUGAAAAGUACUAUGGUUUCUCUUGUAUUUGGUCGUGUGUAUAAUGCUGAAAGACUUAGAAAUGAAUAUCCAGGUUUUGUACAAGAUGACAUAACAAGUUUAUUUUCAUUAUCACCUAAGAAGUUACCUCCACAGAUAUUGUACCACCGUGGUGUUUUCUCUACUUUUCUGCCUGGCGAAACAGUACCCAAUUGGUUCAACUACAAGUUCACAGAUGCAGCAGAAGUCUAUUGCACACUACCAAACAACCUCAAUAGCCACAGAACAAUCAAUGGAUUGAGCAUUUGCUUUGUAUACAAAUGUCCAGAACCAUACACAAACGUUGGCUUGUACGACGGACCAGCAAUUUGGUUACGAAAUCAGACAAAAGAUUUGAACUGGGCUCUGUAUCCUGCUUGGUUUGGUCUUCCAGAAGAUGAUCAAACUGGAAUUAUGUGGUUAAGUUACUGGAAAGUCAAUAAUUUGUUUGAACAAGGAGAUAUUAUUGAAGUUAUGGGAUCUCCACAAUUUGCUGAAUUUAAAGAGCUUGGUGUUAAAAUUUUCUACAUUGAUGAACAAACAGAGAAUUAUGAGAGUAACGACCCAUUUGAAGACAUAUUGAGGAACGAUUUUAGUGAUGAAGAACCCCAUGAUACUGGCAAAACUUUUACUGAUCAUCUCCAUACAAAUUUGUUUCGAGCUGGGUUUCAUGUGUUCAAGUGUGAAGAUGAUGAUGAAGAAGAAGACAAAAUAGAUGAGUUGAAGUUAAAAUUGAAAAAGGGAAUCGAGCAAUCGAGGAUGUCAGUGAUUGUAUUGUCCCCAAACUACGCAUCAUCAGAGAGGUGUCUUUACGAGCUUGUCGUGAUUUUGGAGCAAAGGAGGAAUUCUGGGCAUAUAGUCUUACCUGUCUUCUUUAACGUGGAUCCUUCAGAUGUAAGGAAGCAAAAGGGAAGUUUUGGGAAAGAAAAUUUCCAGAUUGUCAAUGGUGAGAGUCACAAGUUGAGAGAUUGGAGAAAUGCUCUCAAAGAAGUGGCAGAUUUGGGAGGAAUGCCCUUGCAAAAUCAAGCUGAUGGACAUGAGGCAAAGUUCAUUGAGAAUAUUGUUGAAGUGGUUGCAAACAAGCUACGUCCCAGAGACUUACACAGUGCUCCUUACCUCAUUGAUAUCAAUUAUCGGGCAGAAGAUAUUAUCUCCUGGUUACAAGAUAGAUCAACUAAUGUUGGGAUAUAUGUGAUUUGUGGGAUUGGUGGAAUUGGGAAGACAACCAUUGCCAAAUUUGCCUAUAACUCAAGUGCAAGAUCAUUCGAAGGAAGCAGUUUUCUUGCAAACUUCAAUGAAAUUGCAAAACAAUGUAAUGGCUUAGUUCGUUUGCAGAAGCAAGUUCUGUAUGAUAUUGUUGGGAGAAAGGAGAGGAUAUCAAAUGUUGAUGAAGGAAUUAUGAUGAUUGAAGAUGCCGUUGGCUAUAAAAAAGUUCUUCUUGUUCUUGAUGAUGUUGAUGAUGCUGACCAGAUAGAUACAAUUUUAGGAAUGACAGAUUGGCUUAAUCCUGCUAGUAAAAUCAUUAUAACAACGAGGCAUGAGUCAUUGCUAAAGCCUUCUGUACCUCACAAGGUGCUUAAACUAGAAGUCUUGAAUAAAAUGGAUUCCCUAAAGCUUUUUAGCUGGCAUGCCUUUGGAGAAGAUCAUCCUUUGGAAGGAUAUCUUGAGCUCUCAGAAAGAGUGGUUCUUCAAUGUGUAGGACUUCCUUUAGCUCUUCGUGUUUUAGGCUCAGCUCUAUCGGGUAGAAGACCAGAAAUAUGGGGAAGUGCAUUAGAAAAGCUGGAAACAAUCCCUGAUGGUCAUGUCAUUGAAAAACUUAAACUGAGUUUUGACACUCUUGAAGAUGACCAUGACAAAGAUAUAUUCCUUCAUAUAGCUCAUUUCUUUCUUGGGAUGGACAAAGAUGACUCUGUUAGAAUACUGGAUGGAUGUGGUUUCCACACAAUAAUUGGGAUGCAAAACCUCAUUGAUAGAAGUCUUUUGACAAUCAGUGACUUAAAUAAGUUGGAGAUGCAUCAGUUGCUUAGAGACCUGGGGAGAAAUAUUGUUCGUAUGGAAUCACUGGAUCCUGGAAAACGUAGUAGACUUUGGAAUAACAAGAAUUCUUUCAGAGUAUUGAAUUAUAAGACUGGCACUGAAAAGAUUGAAGGGAUCAGCCUUGACAUGCCCAUAUUGAUGGAAGAUAAAUCAGUGAAGCAUUCGAUAGACACUUCAUCAAGCAACUCAAAUUACAGCCUAGGGACUGAUGCAUUUACGGUUAUGCGAAACCUAAGUGUGCUCAAACUAAAUGAUGUGAACCUUAUUGGAUGCUUCAAAGAAUUUCCCAAGAGAUUAAAAUGGCUGUCUUGGCGUAAAUGCCCUUUAAAAUCCAUUACUAGUGACCUUUCCUUGGAAGGACUAGUAUCUAUUGACAUGCGGUACAGCAGUUUACAACAAACAUGGAGUGGAACCGAGGUUUUGAGAUUUCUCAAGAUUCUCAACCUUAGUCAUUCUUGGGAACUUACCAGAACCCCUAGCUUCGCUGGAAUGCCCCGGCUGGAGAAAUUAAUUCUUAAAGACUGUGUUAAACUGGUUGAUAUUGAUGAAUCUAUCGGUUAUCUCCAAGAAAUCGCCCUACUGAAUCUAAAAUACUGCAAGAGCAUCAGAAAGCUGCCAAGAAAUAUUGGUAAACUUGAAAGUCUUAAGACACUUGAUAUAUCCUUCUGCUCAAGCCUGGAGUCGCUGCCUAUGGAGCUUAACAUGAUAGAUUCUUUGAAAGUGCUUAGAGCUGAUGGAAUCAGUCUAAACCAAAUAAUCUGCAACACCAAUGAGCAGAAAUCAUUACAGGCACUAUUUUCAUCUUGGAUAUCAAAGUCAAGAAUCUCUCCUGAAAUAUCAUGGGCCUUUUUACCAAGCUCUUUGGUGAGCUUGAGUCUUGUGAGUUGCAGGCUGUCUGAUGGAUCUUUUCCCGAGAAGUUUAGCAAUCUUCCACUGCUCGAAGAACUGGAUCUAAGUGAAAACUCAAUUAGUUGCCUCCCAGAGUGGAUCAAGAGUCUCCCUCAGCUCCAAAGCCUCAGUGUCAAGUCUUGUAAGAUGCUCAAAUCACUUACUGAGAUGCCAAAUAGCAUUUCAGAAUUGUCAAUACAUAGUUGCUCAUCGUUGGAGAUGGUGACAUACCAAUCAUUGCUAUCAGAAUAUCCAAGCCUGGUUCACGAUUACAAUUGUGACAGUCUAGUCAUGAUGCAAGGAAAGUUUAAGUUAGAAGCUCUAGAAAAUGCUGACCCGCAGAUGCUUAAACGUUUUGGUCUGAAUCCUGAAACUGUGGAAAAUGCUAUGGUGAAAAUGGACCUCUUUUCGAGUUUCAAGAUAAAAAUGCUUCCACCACAGGUUUUACUCUCACGCUGUCCAUAUGACUACAAAAUCUAGAUUUACUGUUGAUCC